GCUUGAAACUGCUUGGGCUAUUUGCAACUCCAACACGGCGAGAGCGAUGUUGGCCACGGCGCAAGUAGGACCAACAUACCUCUGUGGAUAUAACUUGAGCUAUGUAGCUGCCGUCUGGAGCUGUCGCUUUGUCGUCGCCGGGGGGAAUGCCAGUGCCUGGCCACAGCAGCGGCGAUGUGUUUAACAAGGACACGUUCUUGACAUCCCUGCGCGAUGCCACAGGGGACGGUGGACCGGCUAUCGUGGCUGCAGCAUACGAACCCAAGGGCAUGACGAGCGUGCGUGAAAAGUACACGCAAUUGCACGACGUGGUCGGGUCGUUGUCGGAGAAAAUCACGGCGGUGCUCGUGCGUCAGGAAAAGGAUUUCCUCGCCGCGUACCGCGCGCACAUGUACAACGUUCAAAAGGAGCUUCAUGACACGAAGGAGAAGAUCUUGCGCAACGAAACGCUCGAAAACAAGUCCGAGAAGAUCAAGUUGCUCGAAGAGGAGCGCGACUGGUACCGCAAGGAAGCGUUGCGGCUAGACACGUUCACGACCAACAUGAAAAAAGACCUAAAGCAUAUGAAGGAAAAGUUAGAGUGCAUCGAAGAAGACCGCGAUUGGCUCGAAAAGCAGCUCAAAGCGUCCAAAAAGCAAAACAAACUGCUCCGGGCAGAACUGGAGAUCCGACUGGCGAAUUUGACGAGCCAAGCCGAGGACAAGAUGGACACACGCCCGGCAUCCCCUGCUGUCGACGACAUCCCGCCGCCGGGACUCCAUCUCCCGCUCGCCGCCGUGGAGCGAGAGGAGCAGUUCCGAAAGCAAAUCCGUCAACUCAAGCGCGACCUUCAAGCCAGCAAGCGCGAAGUGAAUAGGUUGCGCGAAACCACAAGCAAACAACAAAGCAACGAGCUCGAGGAGUUUUUCGUCCAGAGCAUCGACGCCGUGAAGAAGGACAUUGUGCGGCGUCGGGGGCACAGCCGAGACGCCAAGACACGCCCCAUGCCCGCGCUCAAGGUCGAGCCAGUUCCAGAUUGCGGACCUGAAAUGAAGGAGUUUACGUCGGUUGACCGCGUGCGAGUGAUUGAACGGCUCUUGUCCCAUGACGAAGUGCUGUCAAUAUUGUAUGACAACUUGUUUCCGUCGCAUGAUAAGAAACCCCCGGACGGAAGCGCCAAGAUGCCGUUGGCUAGUGCGGGGGACUCUGUGAAAAAGCCACAACCGGUGGGCAGUGGCGCCGCAGCGGUGGUGGCGAGUCGAGAGAUGACGACGCAAGGCGGGGGCAUCAUCCCUCUUGACGAGUCGACGCUGGAGUAUCUCAAAUUGACCGGGGCCUCGCUGCGAUGAACGAUGGCGCAGAAAAGAGCGUGGGUAGAGUUAGAGAGUUGUUUGAAAGUGACGGCACAAUAAAAAGGACCAAACUGAUGGUGCUUGCCUUGUCUGUCAUUACGUUAACACUAACUCGCUGCUUCGUUGA